AUGUGCAAGUUAUUCUUGUUUUUCUUGGUAUUCUUUGCUAUAGGCUUGACAUUAGCAUAUCAUGAUAAAGAUCAAUCACACUUAGAACGAAAGAAUCUACCACGUUUGGAUUAUAAACAAUUCAGAAUAAAUCGAAAAUUUACAAAAUUUUGUUCAAAUAAUACAAUAGCACAAACUUAUCUAACAAAAAUACUUUCAGUUAUCGAUGUUCUUCAAGCAAAUUCAUCAUAUGAUUCAAUCUUACAAUUGCAAUCAGCUAAUUUCAUUACAUAUUUAAAGAAUACUACUAAUCAAGAACUAUUAAGUAAUGAUUGUGGAACUUUUAUUAAGGGUCUCAAAACAGCUACGAAAGCGGAUAAAACAGCUCAACGUGUACAACAACAUUUGGCAGCACUGAUUCAUAAAAAAAUAAAACAAGUUGCACGUAAUGUCACCAAUGGAAAAGGAUUUCAUGAGUUGGACAAUUAA